CCGAGAGGUAACGCUGUCACGUUACCAUAGCAAUGGACAGAAGCGAAUGGGAGAAGUUACUCACCUGUUUUCAGGCAUCUGCACGUGGUUACUUGGUGAGAAAUGACGUCCGUCGUGCGCGAGAAGACUUUGAGGACGUCGUGAGAGAGAUUGAUGGUGGCUUGAUCCAUUUAGAGUGGAGGGAGGUGGUUAUCCCCAUUCCCCACUUCACAGACACUGACGGACCGCUUCUUCAACCCAGCAGUCCUGACAGUAAUCCUUCACAUCCAGGUCUAGAUCUCUGUGCCAGUCCCAACAACCCAUUAGCAGCAACAGCACCCUCAUCAGAGGAGAGAGAAGAUCAUCAUGCCCAGCUAGAGAAGACCGAGGCAGAGAGAGAUGAUUUGCAAACCAAAAGACAGGCUCCUCUUUCUCAGGACUGUGUCCCCAGCAGCAAUGCUAGAUGGGACAGUCCUGAGAAAGAAAGUGGUGUGGGGGUCAAAGAUGGAGAAAUGGUGCAGAGCACAGGAGACUCCACCACCGUCUGGAGCAGUUUGGAACUGGACAUGAAUGAUGGUCACUCGCACCAAGGUUCCAGGCAGUACUGCUUGGCCCAGGAGGUGCCCUGUACCCCAGAGGCCCUGCGUCUCCAUAGAAACACACUGACUAUGGAGCUGGUCUGGCUCCAACAGGCCAUUGACAGCAGGAAAAAGUACUUGUCACUGAAGGACAGGCUGAGCAUGUCCUGACAGCAGAAGUAAUCUGAACUGGACUUGAUAAUGUGAGACUGAAGGCUCGGCUGCAGUCAACUGAACCCACUCAAGUGGCAUCUGUUUAAGCUGUUGUUUUAUACAUAUAAAAAUACAAACUAAAUGAAUUGCCCUCAUUGGUAUUUAUCCUG